GCUAGUCUCCCCUUUCUGGGAGAUUCUCUAAACUUUGCUCGUCUUUGUGCUAUCAAUCUUAAACCCCCAACAAUGGGUAAGGAAGUUGAGAGCUUCUGGCUUUUUGCUUUCAUCUCCAAAUGCCAAGCCUUUACAGAAACAAGCAUUGCAUGGCCAAUUUUAGUUAUGGGUGUGCUGGCUUGGCUAGCCAUGACCCUUGUUUUCUGGGCUCACCCUGGUGGCCAUGCUUGGGGCAGGCACAGUUGGAGAAAUGGGAAAUUCUCUGCUCUAGCCGAGAAGAAAAUCCCAGGUCCGAGAGGGUUGCCUCUGGUUGGCAGCAUGCAGCUCAUGGCCUCCCUCGCUCACCACCGGAUUGCCGCCGCUGCCAAGGCAUGCCGCGCCAAGCGGCUCAUGGCGUUUAGCCUCGGCGAAACUCGAGUUAUCGUCACGUGUAAUCCCGACGUGGCCAAAGAAAUCCUGCACAGCUCGGUGUUUUCUGACCGGCCCGUCAAGGAGUCCGCCUACAGCUUGAUGUUCAACAGGGCAAUCGGGUUCGCUCCUUAUGGGGCAUACUGGCGAACACUUCGGAGAAUCGCCAACACCCACCUUUUCUCUCCGAAACAGAUCAAAGCUUCCGAGGCUCAGAGGUGCGAAAUCGCUGCUCAGAUGGUGGCAAUGUUUGGAGAUCAGCAUGGGAAAAGCUUCCGCCCGCGUGAGAUUUUCAAACGUGCUUCGCUGAACAACAUGAUGUGCUCGGUGUUCGGAAGCAAAUACAGAUUGGAUUCAUCGAACAGCGAAGUGGAGGAGUUGCAGAGGAUGGUGGGUGAAGGGUAUGAGCUGUUGGGGUUGCUGAACUGGUCCGACCACCUGCCAUGGCUAGCUGAUUUUGAUGCGCAAAAAAUCCGGUUCAGAUGCUCAAAGCUCGUUCCAAAAGUCAACCGGUUUGUCGGCGGAAUCAUCGCCCAACACCUGGAUGAUCAAAACGGUGAAAACAAGUACAGGGAUUUUGUUGACGUUUUGCUCUCUCUGCAAGGCCCCGAAAGCCUAUCGGACACCGACAUGAUCGCCGUCCUAUGGGAAAUGAUUUUCAGAGGGACAGACACUGUGGCAGUUCUGAUGGAGUGGAUACUUGCGAGGAUGGUGCUUCAUCCCGAUGUUCAAUCAAAGGUCCAAGAGGAGCUCGAUAACGUUGUAGGAAGAUCAAGAGAUGUUGCCGAGGCUGAUGUGGCGGCUUUGGUGUAUCUGAUGGCUGUGGUGAAAGAAGUGCUAAGGCUACACCCACCUGGCCCACUUCUAUCAUGGGCCCGCUUGGCUAUCAAUGACACAAUGAUUGAUGGGUAUCACGUGCCGAAAGGGGCCAUGGCAAUGGUUAACAUGUGGGCCAUCGCACGUGACCCAUAUGUUUGGGAAGAUCCAUUUGAAUUUAUGCCCGAGAGAUUUGUGAGCAAUAAGGAGGAGGAGGGUUUAGUGGACUUUUCAGUGCUCGGCUCAGAUCUUAGGCUUGCACCAUUUGGAUCGGGUAAGCGAUCUUGCCCGGGAAAGACCUUAGGUUUGACCACGGUCAGCUUUUGGGUGGCCUCACUUUUGCACGAGUAUGAAUGGCUACCAUCCGAUCAAACGACUGGGGUUGACUUGUCUGAAGUAUUGAGGCUCUCUUGCGAGAUGGCCAAUCCUUUGACCGCUAAAUUACGCCCUAGGCGCAGAACAAACUUAUAUCACUAGUUAAUGUUCUUAUCAUAUAUAUAUAUAUAUAUAUAUAUAUAUAAUUGCUACAGACACAAAGAG